AUCCUCUGCCCGGCACCGUCGUCAAUGACCGUCAAUGAGAUGCAUCGCCAAAGAACAGCUUCAGCUUCGACGAUCGACGCACCUUGGGGUCCACGCGACUGGUGACACAUCCAACGUCUGAGAUUUAUCCGGCUGUAGUAGUCAGUGAGCUGUCCCUAGCGCAGAGGCGAUCAGAUACCCAAGAGGCAGCAGUGGCUUCUUUGCUCUCCCCUGCAAUCAUGCAGACCGAUUUCCUCGCAUUCUUCUUCGACUGCAGUCCACCUUGAUGGAGACCGCGACCCUCUCUCAAGGAAUGAGAAAGUGAAUGUGUGACUCAGGUAUGGCUCGGCGCUCUCCUUCGACCGAGUGACUCUCAGCACUCAGUAACGCGGGACUCUCUCUUCCAUGUUCAAGGCCUUCUCCGUCGCCCUCUUUCGCCUGGACUGUGCUGUAGGAAAUGCCCGUCAAUCAAUCCUGUCGUUCCCGCACAGCCAUUUCCUGUUGUCAAGCUCAACGACAAGUCAAGCUGCUCCGCUUGGGACAAACGCAGAUCACCCGUGAAGUCGCCGAAUCCGACACCCGUCACCGUUUGUGCUUGUUGAGGCUGAAGAAGACGGUCUCUUCGCUUCACUGCGCGCACGUUUCCAGUAUCCCUUGGACCACCGAUCCCGCCUCUGGCCCGUCUGCCCUCAAGUUCCCUCCCUCCAAAAUCUUGCUCGACAUCACGUCGCAAGGCUUUCAUAGGAGACCUAACUCAAGUGGUCGGAGUUUCGGCGUAAAGGCACCGGCUCAUUACGAGCUUCACCAUCCCGGGGCCACCACCAAACAAGUCCAUUCAGCGGAUGAAGAUCGCGGCCCCGUCUAUCUGACCCUCACAGGCAUACGCCGUUGAC